AUGGCAAUUAAUAACCAAAUGAAAGCUGUCACUACUUCUCAGGAAGCAACGGCAUAUAACAAGGCUACGAAGCGCGAGAAGAAGACGCCGCAGGAAAAGGCCCAAGACAGGGCGCAGAGGGCGCAAAAUAGCGCGAUGAGGGCCCAGGAGAGGGCCCAGGAGGCACAGCUUAGGGCGCAAGAGCGUGCGCAGGAAGCUCAGAAUCAGGGGGGAACUGCUAUGGCCGCUCCUCCUGCUGCUGCUGCUCCGCCUGCUGCUGCUCCUCCUGCUGCUGCUCCUGCUGCUGCUCCUGCUGCUGCUCCUCCUAUUGCCGAUCCCGCCACUGCCGCUCGCCCUGCUACCGGCGCCGCUCCGGCUAGUGGCACUGUUACCGCCGGUGACACCACUACGGCUGGUGACGCGGCUACGGCUGGUGAUACUGCCACAGCUGGUGGCGUUGCUACGGAUCGUGGCAUCGCUUCUGGUUGUCCGGCUGUUGUCCCUAACCAGUAA